AUUCUACUUUCGUGAACGGAACAUAAAACAGUAAAAGUGGGGACACACACUCGAACGCAUUGCAAUUCUCGCAGCCAGUUCCGCUACAUCCAAACUCUCAGAUCCUCUCUCUCUCUUCAAAACAUGUCGGACGCUCUGAUCAACGGGCUCGCCGGCGCCGGCGGCGGGAUCGUCUCUCAACUCAUCACCUAUCCUCUCCAAACUGUAAAUACACGUCAGCAAACCGAAAGAAAAUUGAAGGGGGCGAAGAAUGAGCCUGGGACUAUAGAGCAAAUGUGUCAGGUUGUGAAGCAAGAGGGAUGGGGUAGACUCUAUGCUGGAUUGAAGCCUUCACUAGUCGGAACCGCUACGUCACAGGGUGUUUACUAUUAUUUCUAUCAAAUAUUUAGGGACAAGGCUGAAGCAACUGCACUUGAACGUAAGAGAAAAGGUCUAGGUGAUGGAAGUGUUGGAAUUUUCUCAUCGCUUGUUGUGGCUGCUUUAUCUGGGUGUGUAAAUGUGCUGCUGACUAAUCCUAUAUGGGUUGUCGUCACUCGUAUGCAAACUCACAAAAAAAAGUCUCUGCGUCAGCAUACUAAAUCUAUUGCUUCAGAUGAAGAAGUUCUUCCAGUGGUAAUAUCACCUCGAUUCGGAAGCAGUCACGCGAUUCAAGAGCUCUAUGCUGAAGCUGGAAUCUGGGGAUUCUGGAAAGGUGUCCUGCCGACGUUGAUCAUGGUGAGCAAUCCUUCCAUACAGUUUAUGCUGUAUGAGAUCUUAUUGAAGAAGCUAAGACGUCAGCGUGCUUUAUUGAGUAAAGAUGGGGCAAAAGGUGCAACUGCUAUGGAGAUAUUUCUGCUGGGGGCUGCUGCCAAACUUGGAGCAACUAUUGUCACAUAUCCUCUUAAUGUUGUGAAGUCGAGGCUUCAAGCUAAGCAAGUUACCGAUGGAGAUAAAAAGCAUCAAUACAAAGGUACUCUGGAUGCUGUAACGAAGAUAAUACACUAUGAAGGCUUCAGUGGUUUUUACAGGGGAAUGGGCACAAAAGUUGUACAAAGUGUUCUUGCUGCAGCCGUUUUGUUCAUGAUUAAGGAAGAACUGGUUAACUGCGCUAAGUGGUUAUUAAUGAAAAAUGCUAAGAGUUUAAGAUCCAAGUCCUCGUAAUGGUAGCUUUGUUGAGUGGCAAACAUAGCUGUAGCAUUACUAGUUGCAGUGAGUUAAUUUCUGAAAUAAAGAUUCCUGUAUAAGCUGUAUUAGUGAAUUGUUGUAUCAAAUUUAUCAAAGUGUUGGAGAUGCCUGCCAAAAGUCCAAAAACGAUGUUUUGGUCUUAGUUUU